AUGCCAGUAUCCAUCGAUCGGAUGGACAACAUCGUGAUGGCGCUGGCGCUGUCAUCUGGAGUUCUCACUUGCGCAAUUCUGCACCUGAAGCGCACCCGGCUGAGAGGCGAUCACGCCCUCCUCGCAAUAAUAACUCUGUCUCUCGCCCUCGCGCUGGUGGAGAAUCGCGACCGUCCUGGAAACGUAUCAUCAUUCUGCUUCUUGCGCCUGUUCUUCCUUCACAUCCUCGGAGCGAUUUUGUUCACGGUUUCCUGGAGAGUCAGUCCGUUUCAUUCCCUCCACCGGUUCCGAGGCCCGUUACUAUGGCAAAUGUCCGACUUGGCGCUUGUGCUGGCAAGCCUGAGUGGGAGACGUCAUAUCGUCAUCGGGAGACUGCACGCAAGAUACGGACGAGUUGUACGGAUAGGUCCCAACUUCUUAUCGAUCUGCUCUCCUGCCGCACAAUCGUUAGUUUACGCCGGCGGAUGGGAAAAGUCGUACGCGUACGAUAUUCCGGGUCACGUCGAUGCCCAGUCGCUUUUCUUCAAGCCGCGCGAUAAGAAAAUACACAGUGAGCUGCGCUACGUGUGGGGCCAAGCUCUCACUAAAGGGGUGCAGGACUUCUAUUUACCCCUCGAACGCCGUACAAACGAGCUUAUUGCAUGUAUAUCUCGUCGUCUACAACCCCUGACGGGGCGAGUCAACUUGAGUGAAUGCGUAUCGCACUGGUCGUAUGACUUCAUGGGGGAGAUUGUGUUUGGCGGUUCAAGUCAACUCGAGUUAAUGCGCGACGGCGACCUUGAAUCUCUCGUUGACAACGGAAAGGAGGCCAUGGCCAUCGUCGACUCAUUCGGGCAAAUGCCGUGGCUACUCGACAUACUAUGGCAUCUACCUUUCUCUUCUCAUCUUCACCAACUGCGCCAGAAAGCUGGCAAUAUGAUGCAGGCUCGGAUCAACGCAGGGAGGAAGCAUGAGAUCUCGAUCCGAGACAUCAGCGGAUACUGGCUCGAAGGACACCCGCAAAGCCGUAGGCAGAUGACGAAGACGGACUUGGAAGUGAACGCCCUGGUGGCAAUCGAGGCAGGCUCUGACAAUACGUCGCUCUCCAUCUCGCUCGCUCUAUAUUUCGUCCUCUCCUCCCCGGGGUACUGGAACAAGUUGCAAUCCGAGCUAUUCCACUCGCUGAAGCAUGCGAUUCAUCUUGACGAAUCUUCAAACACGGCUCGUGGGUUGGUGCCUGGGAGCGACACUUCCUUACACGAUCACCUGAACCCUUCAUUUCUUGCGUCCCUGCCGCUGCUAAAUGGUGCUGUGAACGAGUCUCUCCGACUGGGAACGCCCUUCUUCAACCCGCGCAUCACGCCUCCGCACGGUGCCAUCUUGGAGGACGCACAUAUGCCGUCUGGAUCGGUAUUUAUUCCUGGAGGGACUGUCGUCGCGAUCGCAGCUCACUCCGUACAAACUUCAGCGGAGAGCUUUUCUCCGAUGCCGGACCAGUUCGUACCCGAGAGGUGGGCAGAAGACGCGCUUGCGGCAGGAUUUGAAACAGAUCGGAAGGCUUUGAUUACCUUUACAGCCGGAACUUAUGUGUGCCCCGCAAAGACGUUUGCAUACUACGAGAUGCGCUACGUCCUCGCGCGUCUGCUGCUCGCGUACGACAUGAGCCUACCGGCUGAUUUCGACGCGAGGGAGUUUCGCGAGCGGAUCUACAAUCGCAGGACGACAGGGCUGGGCGUACCCUUAAUGGCCUGUGCGAAACGGAGAGAUACCGAUUGA